CAGUUGGUGGCGGUAAUGCACCAUUUUGCUGUUUGCCAACCGCCAAUAAACCUUAUACAGAAGAAGAAGAAGAAGUCAGUUGCUUAGCAACUGUUGGAAGCCCAGCGUCAGUUAGCAAGCUAGAAGAUCAGCUAACACACGUACCGUGUGACCCUAAAAAGUGUAUAAAUGCCACUAAAAAGAAGAGGACCUUUGCAGCUAGCCCAGAGAGAAGUGGAUGAAAUAAAAAAACAGGUUGACAGUCUGGAGAAGGAUGUCCAGAGCCAGGCUGGAUCCACUGAAGAGGCCUUUCGAAGAUGCCAAAAACUGCAAAUGUCAGCAGAGGAGACACUAAGGACACUGAAGAAACUGAGCAAGGGUGAGGAGCUGGCUCCAGUGGGCAAUUAUGAUCAGAGGAAACAGGAAGAGGAGCGACGAGUGCAAAACAUCAUGGAGCGUCUAAAAACUCUCUCUCUGGAGCUGUCGCCACCAGGACCUAGCACUGAAGCAGGUAAUGUUUCAAAGGAAGAUAGUGAAAAUAGUGCUGAAGAAGACGAUGACGAAGACAGUAACGACAAUGAAGAGGAGCAUGUAGAAAUUGUUAACAACAUUGCCGGUGAUGAGAGGCGAGAUUUGAAACCGCCAUCUCAGUCAGAUGCUCGCAUCUACAUGGUCCUCAGUGAUUUCAAAGGAGAGCAGGAAGGAGAUCUGUCUGUUCGGAAGGGGGAGGUGUUGAGGAUUAUCAGGAAGGCAGCAGAUGGAUGGUGGCUGGCUCAGAACACUAAAGGCAGCAGAGGAGUGGUUCCAAAAACCUUCCUGAAGAUUGGCUCUAGUGUUGAUGAGGAAGAUGAUGAUGAUGAUGACAAUGAUUCAAAAGAAGAUGAUGAUGACAAGGAGGAGUCGGAAGAGGAGGAAAAUCAAGAUAGUGAAGAAUUAACUGAUGAUCCAGACAAAUGGAGUGCUUCACAUUCUAACUGGUCUACAGUCAAAAAGGCUCUGAGUGAGAUUGAUGCAACAGAUGUGCUCUCCGCCAUGGGUGCUAUACCUUCAGGAUUCAGACCAUCAACUCUCAAUAAAUUACUGGUGGAGGAAGGUGUAACAUACAGAGGAAGUCAUUACAUUCAGCCUCAGCUCAGCCAAUCACAGCUCUCCUUUAAAGACCUCUUCCUGGACCCAGACACUGGCAAGGUUCGUCCUCGGCAGGUCAGCACGAGUGUUUGUUUCAGUUUGUGGAGCUGCAGGAUGAUUCCUACUCCUGGGGUCGGUGUUCAAGUCCUCAGCCGGCACGUCCGCCUCUGCGCCUUUGACGGAACUCAGGUUUUGAGUAACAUCCACAUAAUAAGGGCAGCCUACAACGCCAAGAGCCCAAAGACCUGGAGCUUCUCUCCAAGGGUGACCGGUAUCUUGCCCACCCUCUUGGAUGGAGACUGUUUUCUGCGCUGCAACUCUGCGUCUCCUAACCUCGGGAUCCUCUUUGAAUUAGGAGUCACUUUUAUACGAAAUUCUACUGGGGAGAGAGGAGACCUAAGCUGUGGUUGGGCUUUCCUCAAAUUGACCGAUGAUGCAGGAAAUCCUGUGCCGAACAGGACCUAUGAACUGCCUGUGAAUGGUGGCACUCCAUAUGAGAAGGAUGUAGCAGUGGAGGCGUCACCCACUAGAGGAUCUCCAAGUGGUGUUUUCCAGCAGCUGCUCCAAGCCAGGCGGCAGCCCAAACUUGUUGUUAAGCUGAAAUCAGCCAACAGCCGGACGCAAACACAGCUCAGUGUCCUUCCAGAUACUCUCCUCCACUGCCUAAACUGCAUCCAUCUGCUGGUUCUGCACAGGCAUCUGCUUGCAGACGCACUGCUGAUGGACAGGCCCACAAUGCAGAAUGCAGAUCUAAUAUGCAGUCCUAUACUUUCAACCUUCCCUGUGUUGUUGGACCAGCCAGACCUGUUAGAUGCUCUCAGGAGUGCCUGGCUGGAUGCUGAGACUAACAUGAACAGAGCACAAAAGAGGGACCUCUCCUAUCUAAAACUGGAGUUUGUUAAAGUCUACAUGUCAUCUGUGUAUUUCCUGCUCCACUCUCCAUCGCUGCCCUGUUAUCGUUGGGCGGACCCGCUCUCUGAGGAACAACGCGCAAGAGUCAUCUACGCAAUGCUGGAAAUGCUGAAAAACCAACGCAACAACACCGGCCAGUCAGGAGUUCCUGAGGUCUUUGUUGAUGGCGCUCACACGCAUCUCGCUUUUGAUGUUACCGAGUUGACUUUUGACCUUCUCCGUGUGGCGUGGUGACAAUAACGUCAUCUCCCUCUGGCUGAAGGUGCUAUUUGGUUGAAGUUAAUUAUCCUAAUUUUCACGUAUAUUUUGAAAAUAAUUAAAGGUUAAAACUCA